CGCCAUGUUAGCGCUCUCUCUUUCUCUCUCUCUCUCACACACACUCUCUCUCUCUCUCUCGCUCUGUCUCUCUCUCUCUCUCUCUCAUUUUCAUAUUAUGGGUGUGCGAUUGCUUCGAGGUGCCGGGCACUCCGCAAUAUCUGCUGCCUUCAUCUUAUUUGUAGCAUUUCCGUGCACCCUGCCUCUCUCUUGAUCGUUGUCAGAGGUGCCUCGUCCCGCAGUGUGAGAAGCUCCUUAAAGAAAGCACCCUCAGCUAAACCACCCCCACCCCGUUCGCCUCCCCCGUUUGCUCCCUCUGCUCUUCCUUUGGGAUUGAUCCUGUUAUGUCUGUUUGGAUGGAUUACUUUUUUAAUCAAAGACUUGUUUGUCCAGUGGCUCCUUUAAUAUUAUGAGUACCAAGCUUCUAAAUUUUAAACCAGCGGAUUAACGGAGGACGUCUAUCCAGCUUGUUCCAGGGAGCUGACACUUGCACCUUUUUAACUGAGUUUCUGGGAAGCACGGGUCCAGUUGGGAAAUAAUGCGCGCAAGCGUGUGUAUUAGAAAUAAGACGAAACAAUACCGCGUACCUCUGGGAGCAAAGCGUUCUAACGGGAUUAAACAAGAGGCAACUUACAACGGGAGUUUCUGCAGAGAAGUUGGAGCUCCAGUAGUGUUUUAAUAGGGGGCUUCGCAAUGGAUUUACGCGAUUUUAAGGGAUUGCUGCUUAAAUAGGGAAUGAACAAGAAUUACUAAAUCCCCCCUUUUUUGUAAAUCUUUUUUUUUUCCCCAGAGGAUUGCAAAGGUGGAGCGAUUAGGCAAGGCUGAUGACGGACCUAUUAAUCCUUUCAGUGCAUCAAAAGCACCAAAAGGGCUUGGAAACGUUUGCAGCCAAAUGGGCAAAUGUUUCGACUCGUUUCCAGUUUUCUAUGAACCUGGAAAUUAAUCGAUUGAUUUCUUCUUCCUUUGCCGACCUUCUUCUGGGAUGCUGCUUCUUUUUGCUUUCUUCAUGUUCUGUCUGAGGUGGCAUGGUGUGAUUGAUUCUUGUUUUUCGUUCCGAAAUAUUUCCAUAACCUCCAUCCUUUCCACUUGAAGUAUCCCUGCAUCUAAAUGGAAUUAGUUGAGAUUGAAGCCCCUUGGAAAAGGAACAGACAUGGUACAUGGGCACAGUUUGCUUCACGUUGUUGCAGGUCUCAUCAUACUUGGAUUGUGUGGGGCUACAAAGAAGGGGACAGAAAAAACCAACAACUCAGGAGUGCAGCCAGUGGCUCAAUGUGGAUCCUGGAUCAAGAACCCAGAGGGGGGCAUUUUCACAUCUCCAAAUUACCCCAACAAAUACCCUCCAGAGAGAGAGUGCAUUUACAUUAUUGAAGCUGCUCCCAGACAAUGCAUCGAUCUUUACUUUGAUGAAAAAUACUCCAUAGAGCCUUCAUGGGAGUGCAAAUUUGAUCACAUCGAAGUUCGGGAUGGACCAUUUGGCUUUUCACCCAUAAUCGGACGCUACUGUGGCCAACAAAGCCCGCCGUUUAUCAAAUCCAGUGGCCGUUACCUUUGGAUAAAAUUUUUUGCUGAUGGAGAGCUGGAAGCAAUUGGAUUUUCUGCAAGAUACAAUUUCACACCAGAUCCUGACUUUAAAGACCUUGGAGCCCUAAAACCUUUGCCAAUUUGUGAAUUUGAAAUGGGAGGACCAGAGGGUAUUGUUGAAUCUCAGCAAAUCACCAAAGAAGGGAAAGCCUUAGAAACGGAAGCAGUUGACUGCAAAUGGUUCAUUCGAGCUCCCCCAAAAUCAAAGAUUUAUUUGAGAUUCCUGGACUAUGAGAUGCAGAACUCAAAUGAAUGCAAAAGGAACUUUGUUGCUGUGUAUGAUGGGAGCAGUUCUGUCGAAGAUCUGAAAGCCAAGUUCUGCAGCACUGUGGCUAAUGAUGUGAUGCUGCUUACGGGGCUGGGGGUUAUCCGCAUGUGGGCUGAUGAAGGCAGCCGUAACAGCAGAUUCCAGAUGCUCUUCACAUCCUUCCAAGAGCCACCCUGUGAAGCAGACACCUUCUUUUGUCACAGUAACAUGUGCAUUAAUAACACUUUGGUGUGCAACGGAAUUCAGAACUGUGUGUACCCAUGGGAUGAGAACCACUGCAAAGAAAAGAGAAAAGCUAACCUGUUGGACAACCUCACCAAUACCAGCGGGACUAUAAUAGGGGUUACCUCUUGCAUUGUGAUCAUCCUCCUUAUUGUAUCCGUCAUCGUCCAGAUUAAACAGCCACGCAAAAAAUUCAUUCAGAGGAAAGAAGAUUUUGACCAAACUGUAUUUCAGGAGGUAUUUGAGCCCCCUCACUAUGAACUCUGCACUCUCAGGGGCACUGGGGCCUCUGCUGAUUUGGUGGACAUUGCGGAUGACUUUGAGAACUACCAUAAAUUAAGACGGUCUUCUUCAAAAUGUAUUCAUGACCAUCACUGUGGAUCACAGAUGUCUAGCACGAAAGGCAGUCGAAGUAACCUCAGCACACGAGAUGCUGCAAUAUUAACUGAGAUCCAGCCGCCACCAGUAAGACCUUUAAUACCACCUACAAACCGAAGGAGCAUUCUGGUGAUGAAGCACAGCUAUUCGCAGGAUGCAGCGGAUGGAUGCGACCUGGAUGAAAUCGAAGAGGUGCCCACCACCAGUCAUAGGCUGUCGAGACACGAUAAAGCAGUUCAGCGGUUCUGCCUCAUUGGGUCUCUAAGCAAACAUGAAUCUGAAUACAACACAACUAGGGUCUAGGAGAGAAACGCAAGAGUACUUGAGACUAGUGCAUUCCUGGACGCUUUCAAGCACGCUUCAGUGAAAUAUGAAAAUAUGGACCGGGGAUAUGCACCAGGAUGAUGUUUUAUGGACUUUCUUAGUGAAAUAUUUUCAUAAGCUUAAAAAUGUUACUAUUUAGCCCAGUAUAAAAGGCAAUAAAGACACCUGCUUAUUUUUUAAAUAAUAGAAAAAAAUUCAGGAUGGAAGUUAAAAAUUUCAGGUAUUAUGUCUUGAUUGUUCAGUUUUAUACAUAGUAUGUCAGUAUGUUGGGGAAGCAAAAAAGUACAUGAUGUAACCUCACUAGAAAUUUUCAAAAAAUGUUAAUGUUAAAUAGGAAUUUGUGGGGAAAAAAUGAAUUCUUUGGUAUUUCACUCUAGCAUUUAAUAUUUCAUGUUUUUAUAGUAAAGAAAUGUAAAACGCAUGCUGUUUAAAUUCUUACUCUGUACUUCUAGAUACAAAUGAUAUUAUAUGUUUACUGCCUGCAAUUUGUGCAUUUUUAUGAAAAAAAAUUCAAAACCAUCUGUAAUAAUUCUUAGAGGUAUUUUAGAUAGAGAGACGCGUUGUUUAGUGCUGCUGCUGCCUCGCAACCCCAGCAGACCAGAUUGGAACCCGUGCCUGCCCGGUCUGCAAACUCUACUACAUAUGUGGAGUUUGAAUGUUCUUCUUGUGUUCAUGAGGGUUUCCUUGGGUGUUUCAGUUUUCCCCCCACACUCCAAAGAUGUGUAGCCGAAGUUGACUUUUGACUCUUAGAAGUGAGUGGUGCCCCCAUUCAGAGUUGGGUUCUGCCUUAUGCCUGACCCUUGAAUUUGAUUAAUCAGGAUCAGGAGACAAGUGGAUGAAUAUGAGAUAUUUUAGAUCUGGAAUUUAACGCAAAAUUAAAAUAUAAUACAGUUUUUCAUACUCAAACUCAUAAAAAUGGUUUUACUUGUGAAAAGUCAUUUUUGUUUGCAUUGAUGAACACAAUAUAAAAUACAAUUACAACAUUUCCAUCACGUCACAUUUAAGUACAAAACUGAAAAGAAAUGUAAUUCAAAUUUUACAAAUUGCACAAUGUAUCCAUGUAUGCAAUUUUGUUUUAAAUCAGUCAAACUUGAAAAUGUGUAGUCAAUUGGAUGGCACAGUGGCACAGUGUUAGCACUGCUGCUUUGUAGUAAGGAGACCAGGGUUCUUCUCCUGGGUCCUCUUUGUGUGACGUUUGCACGUUCUCCCUGUGUCUGUGUUGGUUUCCUUCAUCUGUCCAAAGACGUCCAUGUGGGUUAGGUGACUUUGUGACGGCCCUGGUGUGUGUGUGUUUGCCCUGCGAUGGACUGAUGCCAUGUCCAGGGUUUGUUCCUGCCUUUUGUCCUAUGCUAGAUGGGAUAGGCCCCUGUGACCCUGGUCUGGAUUAAGCGAUUUAAUCAAUCCAAUAUUUUCGAAACAUAUAUAUAAAAAAACAACAAUAAAUAUCUAUUGACUCACAUAUAACUUCUCAAGCUUUUGUCACUUCUUAGUUUUUUAAUGUGAUGGCCCAUCGAUUGUCCACCUUUUCUGGUGUGUCCUUAGCAGUAGUCCGCCAUCAUAUUGACAUCCCAAUGCCCCGGUACCUUCUUUUCAUGUCCUUUUUUUGUGAUUAACUUUUUAUUAAAUAAAGACAAAAUUACAUGUUUCACCCUGCUCUUGACUCACCAUGCCAAGAUUUUCAGGGAAUGACUCCAAAUGCGAAUCCAUAAAAUGAACUUUGAGACACAUGUAUUACUUCUUUGAAUGAUACCUCUCAUUUCAUGUUUAUCGCAUUUCCAUUAAAUCCUUCACCAGAAAUCAGUUUUCUAAUAUCAGGUCUGGAAAAGGUUCCCUCUUUCAGACAAACCUAGAAUCUUUGGGCAUACAGUAAAUACAUAAAACAGGCUCCAUUUUUUGAUAGGACUUUGAGAACCUGCUUCAUUAAACCAAGCUUAAUAUGGUGGUUUCAGCUUUUUAACUGGAUCCACCAAGCUGGGUCUGAUGAUGUUUUUGGCACCAAGCUGUAGUUGUUUUCUAGCUGGCCAUUCCUUCUGAACCCAAAGGCAGUUCUUGACUCUGUUGUCCCAUUCACAGAGAAAACCUAGGAAUUGUGUAUGUCCUGACUGCUGACCCUGCAGUGACAUACAAAGAACUUUCAAAUCCCGACUUACUGUAUGAACCAAUGGUGCUCAUUUACCAAAUAAAAUAACUGUUUUGAUUCAAAUAUAAGUUUUAAUAUGAAAAAAUGUUACACUCAGACAAAUUAUGUCUCUCUAUUAUAAUUAAAAAAUCCUGGGACGAUACCAGACUUUUUAGCCUGGGACGAGAUGUAACCUUUACAGAGAGAUACCUUUCAUGUUCUGCGAGACGAGAUUUAACCAGGCCCGGGGCCGGAAAUAAAACACAAAGAGUAGAUGACAAAGUAGAACGUCGUAAAGAAUUCAA